AUGUCGACGGCCUUACGCUCCAUCCGCCCCCUAGGACAGGUGCCCGAUGACAAGUCGGCGUCGGAAUCCGGCGCGGCAAAGGGCCCCAAGGGACGAGUGGCAUGCGGACAGUGCAGAAAACUGCGUCAAAAGUGUGACACACAACGGCCCUCUUGCAGCCGGUGCCUGUUGACGAAACAUGACUGCCUCUACGAGGCGGACCUGGGCGAGACGCGUAUGCAGGGCAUCCGGAAGGCCAACCGCCAAUUGAAGGGGGAGGUCGACACACUCAAGUCCCUGCUCGAGCGCCUCAAAUCGGCGAGCGAUGAGGCCAGGGCGAGCAUCAUGGCGCAACUGACCGCCGGUGAGUCGCCCGAAGCCAUCCUCCAACGGCUGAGAACCGACCAAGGGGCGGCGCGGGAACGCACAGUUGAGCCCUCUCGUGAGGCCGCCUCUGAGACGGAGCAAUCCCGGCAGACCACCACCACAGCCGGCAUCGCCGCCUUCGUCAAGCCGGAGGAGGACGACGAGCCUCCGCUCCCGUCCGGGAUAGUCCCCUGGAAAAUCGACAAGAUGCACUACCUCCUUAGCGGUGUCGACAGCAUCGACAUCAAUACUAAAUCAUCCGAUGCUCAAGUUUGUGUCUCCCCCACCACCCUCCAAAAAGAAGAAGAAGAAGAAGAUCGUGAGCGGGAGAGCACGGAGCUCGUCCAUGCUCUCCGCCGAGCCGACCAGGCGGCACGCCGCCGGUCGCAAUCUUCGUCUUCCGCCGAGCCCCUGCCCCCCGGCGCCGUCGGGGCCUUCGGCAAUCUCCCGCUGUCGUGCGCCGUGCGGGCAAACUACUACCCGCCGGCGGUUCAGGCGCGGCAGCUGCUGAACCUGCAGACCGAGGAGUACCGCCUGCCGUCUUUCAUAAACUCCGACGGGAGCCCGCUCUCGAGCCUGUUCUACACCUACCGAGACGCCGCCCUGGAAAUGCUCUCCGACGGCGUCCCGGCGUUCCAGGUCCUCGGGCCCUCGGACCGCAUCGACAUCGAGCUCUUCUUCCGGGACCGCGAGCCCCACGACGCCUACGAUGUUCACUCGUGGGCCUGCGAGCUGAUGAAGAACAUCGAGGGCUAUGACGUGUUCGUGCAGCUCGCGAGCAUCGCCCUUUCCGCGACUUACAUGCGGUGGAACAUACUGCCCACCGCCACAAACUACGCCCUCAUGCCCGAGAUGAUCCGUCCGACCCACCGGCAACGAUUCAUACCCCAUCGCAUGACCAUCGACCUCGUACCACACCCUGCCAUCCGCGACGCGCUGAUCAACAGGUUCCGCGACUGGCUCUCGCCGGGCACGACGGACACGGGGGGCACCAGCGUCGGCUGGCCCUACAGCCUCGAAGCCGCCGUCGACGUGUGCCCCAUAACGGGACGCAGGAUGCUGAGCCGUGCCUUCUUCGAGCACGCUACCAACAGGUCCAACUGGAGUCUGGACAAGUCUAUCCGUGCCGUAUUCCCGGAGAUCGAAGCCAUGGGGUUCACGAUCAGAGACUGA